AUGGCGUACACAUUCGAUGGGUGUCAAUGGAAUGGUAGAGAAUGCGAAGAGGAGGCCAUCUCUCAUGUAUUUACGCAUUAUGGUAGCUGUUAUGCUUUCAAUAAGUACCAUCCAGAUACUGAUCAUUACCAUUCGAAGAGAGCUGGCACAGAUAAUGGCUUGAGACUUAUUAUUAAUGUUAAUACACAUGAGCAUAUGCCAACAAUUGACUUAGAAGAUUCAGCCAUCAACGUUGGAUUAAAACUGAUGAUACAUUCGAGGCAAGAGCCCCCGUACGUUAAAGAGUUGGGAUUUGCUUUAGGAGCUGGCAGCCAUUAUUUUAUGUCCUUAACACGCAAAAAGAUAACAAGACUCUCGCAGCCUUAUGGUGAUUGUGAACCGGUUGUUUUACCAACUGAGCACUAUGAUCACUACUCCAUGUCAGCAUGUCGGAUCGAAUGCGAAACGGAGUUGCUGCUGAAACACUGUGGAUGUCGGUUGGUGGAACAGCCCGGUGACUACCAAGUAUGCACCGCGGAACGUGUGCAUAAUUGUGCGCAUAAAACACUGGAUGAAUAUAUCGAAGGGUAUCUGCCAUUUGAAUGUAAACAUACAUGCCACACGCCUUGUGAAAGUGAGGUUUAUUCAUUUACAAUGUCCACUGCCCUUCUGAAAAAGGACAUUAGAAGAUCAAACAAAGCGAUGUCCAACUACACACUUGAACACAUAAGGGAAAACGUCUUAGCUCUCACAAUGUUUUUUGAAGAAUUGAAUUUUGAGACAGUGGACCAGCUUCCAGAAACUACUAUAAUUGAUCUACUCGGUAUUAUUGGAGGCAAUAUGGGACUCUUCCUUGGUGCUAGCUUCCUCACGCUGUUACAGAUUGUCGAGUAUUUACUAGACGAGUGUGUUCACUGUUGUAAGCGUGCUGGUCGACGGAAAUCCAGUCGAAAUAGAACCAAGAAACAGCGACUUGAUGACCGAGAAGUUCAUGCUCCUUUAUCUCUACCAGAACGUCCAAGAACCCGUAUGUUCAUGAACACGACGGUCUAG